AUGGAGUUCUCUUUGGAAAUCAAAAGACCUACCGUCGCCCAAAAUUUUGCCGCAAGAGAAGACCAUCAGCGUUCGAAACUAAUCACCUUCCAAGCAAUAUUUACCAAGAAUGAUAAGGAAAAAAUGAAUAUGACCCAGGCAUCGGAGGCCAUCAUAUUCGAGAAGUUACCUUUGAUUCAAGCGCUAUUCAAUUCAAAGCUUAAUGGGAUAUUGAAAGACGACGAAGAUCAGAUCUGUUAUGAUCCAGAGCACGCAAGAACGCAAAGGCCCGCGUUCCCCAAAAUCCCGGGGAAAACAGUCUACAUGUACAAUUUAAUCCAGUCGAGCUUCAAAAACCAAGGACGGGAAUACGAACAAAUUGUGAAACUGAAUAUUGGAACGCUUUGGACAAUGAUUGAGUGCCUUGUACGCUUUUUGGAUGGGAAACCUUUACCUCCCAAUUCCAAGAUGGGUCUUAUGGAAAAACAUUGGGAUCUCGAACUGAUAGGUAUUGAAAUAUUGGCAAUAUACCUUGGAUGCACUGAGAUAAAUGAUAGAUCUGUGCGCAACGCAUUGGUUUCAUAUAUGCGCCGGCUUCCUACGUCUAGACUCACAAACUCUAGCAGUACCUCGGAGAAGGCAUCCGAAACAACGAACCAUGCGAAAAUGUUUAAUGGGAACAACUCCAGACAAGCUGAGGUCAUUGACUUGACUGAAGAUGAUCAUAUUGGCCAGUUGGCUUCCAUUCCAAAGAGUUCGGAGCUGGAACCUGCACCAGCUUCUACAUUUAAAAAGUCUCGUCAAACAGCUCAGCCAAAAUUGAAUUUGCAGAAGCCGAAGAUUAGGAACCAGCCAGCUGCUACUCUGCAAAAAUCGAAGAACUCAACGCAAUCGAAGUCAACUUUGCAGCGACAAAAGAAGGCAACGCGACCAUCUUCCACUCAACAAAAAAUAGAUCAAGAGCCAAAUUGGAUCGCCACUUCCCAGACGUCAAUCGAGGUAACUCGAUCGAACUUCACUCGUCAAGGUCCGCGAUCUAUACCGAUCGACGCUUAUAUUAGUCUCAACGAAACAUACGGUUGCUUUCUUCAUGUGCACAUAGGUUCAGCAAUGAAGGGCUCAGGACUGAUUGGCCGACUUCUGCAGGACUUGCACAUGGGGCUCUUUAAUACCGGAGAUAUGUCGAAAGUCGUUGGGAAGGGUCGCAACGGGAAACCUAUGUUGAUUUGGGAUGAAGUAUUGGAAUACUUUAGCGUGCCUGGAAAUGUGGUGGAAAAUAUGCUAUCAUGGUGUGAAGAUGAUCGCUGGACGCCAAUGGUGAUGUUUAUUGAGCGGUGUCAACUGGAUCGUGCUUUGUGGCAAGAUUGGGACGAGCGGGAUUUAGCUCUCGCCAAAUAUUUCGACAUGUUUGUUAAGGCAACUCCUGUGGUGAAAGAUAUCUAA